CCAAGGUAAUGAUUAAGCUGAAUGCCCCACAAGGGCGCAGGCAGCUGAACAGGGAAGGUGAGCCCCAUUCACACCUUGACUAGGCGGUGGUGGCCAGGACUGGUUUGAGAAAUCAGAGCCCCAGGGAACAGGGACGUGGAACUGGCAGCCACAGCCUCCUGCUGCACACGGGCAUCUGAGAGCGUCUGGAGCUGGAGCCUCUGCUGCCUCCUGGGACCCAGCCCUGGCUCCCGGCACUAUGAAGCUGCAGGUGUUCUGGACUGGACUGGAGUAUACCUGCCGGCUCCUGGGCAUUGGCACUGCUGCAGUGUUGAUCGGCGUGGGCACUGAGACAUUCCUGCAAGGGCAGUUCAAGAGCCUGGCUUUCUAUCUGCUGUUCACAGGAGCCGCGGUCUCCAUGUGCGAAGGAGCCUUCUUUGUGGCUCAGUUGCUGGCUUUCUGCUUUCGGUGCCAGCCAGGGUCCCUGGCAUACAGAGCAAGGGAAAAGGCCCAAUGGCUGGGCUGCUUCCAGAAGUUCCUGGCCUACAUGCUGUUGUCUGUGGCCUGCUUCCUUCACCCUGUCCUGGUCUGGCAUGUGACUAUCCCAGGCUCCAUGCUCAUCACCACUGGCCUGGCCUACUUCCUGCUGAGCAAGCGGAAGAAAAUUAAACCUGCGCCCAAUGGGCCGGCCCCUGCAGAGGAGUACACAGACCCGGCUAGCAGCGCCAUGAGCACCACUGGCUCUGGGGACACGGAGCAGACCUACACCUUCCACGAGGCCCUCAAGGAGGGGCCCAGCUCCCUCUUCCUCCACGUGAAGAGCAUCCUGAAGGGGACCACGAAGCCCAAAGGCCUCCCGUGCCCAGAGGCCUUGACGGAGCUGACGCUAGAGCCAGCUGACGGGCUUGCCAAGAGGAAGCAGGUGCACUUUGAAGACAGUGUGGUCAGAAUCAUCCCGUCCCUGGCCGGAGGCUUGGAUGAUGAGGACAGCGAGCCCGAGGAGACCACCUCUGACACCACCCCCAUCAUCCCUCCCCCGCAGGCCCCGCCCUUCCUGUCUUCUCUCUCCGGGGCUGGCCUCUUCUGAACUGCUCGCUCCAGCUCCAGGGACACUCCGCAAGCGGUCUACAUAGAUUAAUCUCCCUGCCUAGAGUUCCUCUUGUCAAGGCCUUCCUUGUUCUUUCUAAAGCAGCUCUUUAAGGGAUCGUUAUCAUCUCUGCAGUGCCGGCGCCUCUGAGUGGUUCUGCAGAGAUCUCAGAUCUCAUGGGAGGCAUCAGCGAAGCUCACACAGCUUCCAGCCGGCUCAAAGCUCUUCUUUCUUGAUGCCAAACAGACUUUCCCCUCAGAGACCGUCAUUCCCACCCCAUUCAAGGCUGCCUCAGCCCCAGGGGAAGCCACCCAGUUUCUCCUGCUCCUGACAGAAGGCCCAGCUCUCAGCGAUGACGCAUGUCCACUCUGCCCCUGCCCUAACAUCUCAACUCUGAAGGCCCAGGGAUUCAUUGAUAACAUAAGCCCCUCACAGGCUGGUGUUGAGAGCUGUCUCGGGUGGAGAGGGAGAGGCGAGGGUGCGGGCCGUCGGGUGGGAGCAGCACCCAGCAGCGGCCCACAUUCUCUGCGUGCUCUGGGGCUGGCGCCAGGCAGCAAGACUCACAGAGCCACUCGGCAAAACAAUGCCACUCUGUGCUCACUGCAGGGAAAGCCAGGCCACACGAGUGGUGCUCAUUCCAGGGCGCCGCUGAGCACUCCCUGCAUCCACACCAUGUGGACUUUUUCAAGAUUCCGAGUAGGUGACGUAAACCAAGAGAUCCCGAAAGCAAUGACAACAUUCAGCAGGGAAAGCCACAGUGUCCGCUCUAUAACAGAACCACAGAGGAUUGUGCUCUAGAGAUUCGCACAGCGCAGAUUGGUGGCUCUGUGACACCUAGGCAUCUGGUAGCAG